GCUGUAACUUGUCUCAAACACCCAGGUGUUGCCAACAAGGCUAUGAUCUACAUAGGCCUGCAGCGCCCUCUGGCUGCUGUUUGAAUGAACUGCAAUUGAAAACACGUUAGAUGGAAGUAACUAACCACGCUAGCGUAAGCAGAAACCAAUUUCGGUUGUUGCGCCGUGCGUAAAGGGCGGGGUUAAUGCAUCGCCUCUCAUGCAUUAUUCAUAAGCUUCACGCCCUCCUGGCCAAUCGAGAUCGAUUAUGAAGACGCCGAUGUCAAAGCACUGUUAGAGAGGGUGCAAUGCGUCCUGCUGCAAACAUGCCGCGCUCCUCCCCUUUAAAGCGAACGCAGGCCUUUCUGUCGGCAGACUGAGAAAGAGAGGGGACGAGUCUGGCAAAAUAAAACUUUCUCUGCACUGCGAGCCACGUCACCCGGAGGAAAGAAAGUUUUUCUAAAGCGGCCUUUGCAAAAAGGAAAAAAAAAGGAAAUAAAGCAAUACUGGCGCCGACUCAAACUGCAAUGAGAAUAUUUUUAUAGCUGCAAAGUUUGAGAAAGUUUUCUUUUUUUUUUUUUUUUUUUGCAAGCUGGUGUUUUGCGCAUCGGCUCCAGUGUUUGGAGGUUUUGUAAAGUGCGAGUUGAAUCCGUUAUAUAUUUUUCUUUCUAGAAACUGCACUGAAAGACAUUUUGUUCUUCAAUUCUGCAGCAGGAUAGCUAGACAGGAUGAACCUCUUCAGACUCCUGGGUGACUUCUCGCACUUGCUGGCGAUUAUCAUUUUAUUUGCCAAAAUCUGGAGGUCGAGAUCCUGCGCAGGUAUCUCUGGGAAGAGCCAGGUUCUGUUCGCUGUGGUUUUCAGCACCCGAUACCUGGACCUCUUCACAUCCUUUAUAUCCAUCUACAACACGGUGAUGAAGGUUGUCUUCCUGUCUCUCGCCUACUCCACUCUGUACCUGAUCUACCUGCGCUUCCGCGGCUCCUACGACCAGGAGAGCGACACAUUCCGGGUGGAAUUCCUCCUCAUUCCCGUGGUGGGCCUGUCCUUCCUGGAGAACUACGCCUUCACCCCCCUUGAGAUCCUGUGGACCUUCUCUAUCUAUCUGGAGUCGGUGGCAAUCCUGCCACAGCUGUUCAUGAUCUCGAAGACGGGCGAGGCAGAGUCCAUCACCACGCACUACCUCUUCUUCCUGGGCCUGUACCGCGCGCUCUACCUGGCCAACUGGAUCUGGCGCUACAACCAGGAGGGCUUCUUCGACCAGAUCGCUGUGGUGUCCGGGGCUGUGCAGACCAUCUUCUACUGUGACUUCUUCUACCUGUACUUCACCAAAGUGUUGAAAGGGAAGAAGAUGAGCCUGCCUAUGCCAGUGUGAGAAGCUGACUGUCUGUCGCUCAGACCACGACACAGAGGGAACACGACACACUACGGACUGUCUUUUUAUAUUGAGCUUUCCGUGUAUUUGUUUUUUUUUAAAUGCCUUUGUUGGAAUUUCAACGCUCAUGAAUGGUACUGGACUGGCAGUUUGAGAGACUGUGACUUAAUAUUCAGCAGAGAAGGCACUGCUGAACUUGCAUAAGUGCACUCGCACACACAAACACACACACACCGGAGAUGGGAAUCAGACUCCCGCUGCACAGCAGUGUGAUCCAGUCCUGCUUUC